CACAGCGCGCCCAGCCCCGCGUGACGCACCGUUGGGCGGACAAGAUGGCGGCGCCCAGUUGUGAAGUCCCUAAUGGCGGCGCCGCUGCCGCCCGUUAUUGCCUGGUAAGCGGCAUCCCGGCUGCGCUGCGCUCUGCCCAUCUCCGCGCCUACUUCAGCCAGUUCCUGGAGGCCGGCGGUUUCCUUUGCUUCCACUACCGCCACCGCCCCGAGCGCCCGCCGGCGGGAGGCAGCGAUGGGCAGAGCGCAGCGCCCAACACCUGCUGCUGCCCGGUGGCCGUGCGGCCCGGCCGGGCCCGGCGCUUCGUCCGCAUGUACUCGGGCCGGCGCUGGGUCGGGCCCGGCGGCACCUCGUUGCCCGGCCGCUGCCGCGUCCGCAGGGUCCGCCUCCGCCCCGGGUCAGAUCACUCCUUCCCUCUUGGGGGCACAGAGACGUUUCCCACUGGAGUGGACACGAAGGCUGAGGGUGAAACCGUCACGGAAUCGGACUUGAAGCGGCUGCCUGAGUUCAACCCCCCUUCCUUUAUGCCUUUUGGGAACGUGGGCACCCCUCUGAAAGUCUUUCUGGAGCUGAUCCGUGCCUGCAGGCUGCCUCCCAGGAUCAUCAAGAAAUUACAGCUGGAUUUCCCAAAGACAGGCUCAUCCCGGAGGUAUGGCAAUGUGCCUUUUGAAUACCAGAACACUGAGACGGUUAUAGAAGAAGAAAGAGUUUACACUGCCACGGGGGAUGAGAUCACAGAGGACGAGGGGCCUGUGGCAAGAUCUGAGGUGACUGAUCCAGCCAGUGCUGAGGAAGAUGAGGUGGAGCAGGAAAAGGAGGAAGAGGAGUCGCACUCGGAUGAUGACAAUGAUACCUGUGAGGAAUGGGAGCGACACGAGGCUCUGCAUGAGGAUGUGACCAAGCAGGAUCGUGUGGAGGAGCGGCUGUUUGAGGAGGAGAUUGAGCUGAAGUGGGAGAAAGGUGGCUCAGGCCUUGUCUUCUACACAGAUGCUCAGUACUGGCGGGAGGAGAAUGGAGACUUUGAUGAGCAGACUGCUGAUGACUGGGAUGUGGACAUGAGCAUCUACUAUGACAAAGAUGGAGGUGACAAGGAUGCUCGUGACUCAGUCCAGAUGUGGCUGGAACAGAGACUUCGAGAUGGUUUGGAGGAUGGGUCUACAUCAGGGCAGCAAAUUGGCACCUUUGAGAGAUACACCAAGGGCUUUGGCAGGAAGGUUCUGGAGCAGCAGGGCUGGACGGAGGGGCUGGGACUGGGGAGCAACAACUCUGGAAUGACUGAAGCUCUAGACAACGAGGGUCAGAAUCCCAGGUGCAGGAGAGGUCUGGGGUACCAUGGGGAGAAACUGCCAGCCUUCAGCAAGGUGAAAAAGCCACGGAGAGAAACGCCUGUCCUCAUCUCAACCAUCUACGAUGACCCUGAGCCUAUGGACAGUGGUGACCAGCUGCUCAGGCGCCAGCCACCCACUGCCAUGAAGUACAGACAGGACGUGCCUUUCGUCCGGGCGUUGCGUGGCACUCUGGAGAGCUCCAGCACUCAGUCACACUGAGCAGAGACUAUCAGAGCCUUUUUACUGCUCCUGUUGACCACAGGCUGGCUCCUGCUGGUCUCAGUAUUGAAGUAGUUUGUUCAUAUAUUUAUUUUUGGAAGAAAUAAUUUGUAAUGGAAA